CAGAUAUUUAGGGCUGGUGAAUUAUUUGAAGUGUCAUUUGUUUUUGGAAUUUACACUAGGAACCAGAGGAAAUAAACCCAGAUGAGGAGAUAGAGGAUACAUGUGAACUUAAAGAGGAUGACCUUGGAGCCGUGGAAGAACAGCGUAGCGUUAUCUUGCAUCUCCUGUCUCAACUCAAACUUGGCAUGGACUUAACAAGAGUGGUACUCCCCACUUUUAUAUUAGAGAAACGCUCUUUGCUGGAAAUGUAUGCUGACUUCAUGUCCCACCCAGAUCUCUUCAUUGCGAUAUCCAGCGGCGCCAGCCCUGAGGAGAGGAUGAUCCGCUUUGUGGAAUAUUACCUCACUUCCUUUCAUGAAGGUCGCAAAGGGGCGAUAGCGAAAAAGCCAUACAACCCGAUCAUCGGGGAAACGUUUCACUGCUCGUGGAAGAGCAGAGUACCGUCCGACACGAGUAGUAACUCUUCGUCCCAUUCCCUCUCUGAGCAAGGGACUGUCUCAGAAGAGUCACAGGAACAAGCAGAGUCGGACUACCACACAGUCAGAUUUGUAGCGGAACAAGUGUCCCAUCACCCUCCAGUCUCAGGGUUUUAUGCCGAAUGUGUAGAAAGGAAUAUGUGUGUCAAUGCUCACGUCUGGACUAAAAGUAAAUUCCUAGGAAUGUCAAUAGGAGUGACUAUGGUUGGCGAAGGUAUUUUAAGUCUCUUGGACCAUGGAGAGGAAUACACGUUUUCUCUGCCUUGUGCAUAUGCUCGGUCAAUUCUGACUGUCCCUUGGGUAGAACUGGGAGGAAAAGUCAGUGUUAAUUGUGCAAAAACAGGAUACUCUGCAAGUAUUACUUUCCAUACCAAACCAUUCUAUGGUGGCAAGCUUCACCGGGUUACUGGUGAGGUGAAACAGAAUGCUACCAACACUGUUGUCUGUAGAGUACAAGGUGAAUGGAAUAGCAUCCUUGAAUUCACCUACAGCAAUGGAGAGACAAAAUGCAUGGACUUGACAAAGCUGUCUGUCACAAGAAAACGAGUCCGACCCAUUGAGAAACAAGGGGCAUUUGAAUCCAGGAAGCUGUGGCAACAUGUGACAGAGUCUCUGAGGGACGGGGACAUUGAUAAGGCGACAGAGCAUAAGAAAGCACUUGAGGAACGGCAGAGAAAUGAAGAACGACUCCGGGCUGAGACAGGAGAACCGUGGCAAACUAAGUACUUUGUCAAAGAUGGAGAGGGCUGGGUUUAUUAUAACCCUCUUUGGAAAAGAAUGCCUGCUGUACAAAAUGAACCAGCAGACACAAACUAGAUGACAUUUCUUCAAAAUUAUUCUUCUCUUUUGUUCUAAUCCCUACAACUUCCAAAAUUCUGUGUCUCACUAACAGUCCUUUGGGAUUUUUAUACAAUUGCACAAAAUUAAGUAAGCAUAAUGGAAUAAACUACUAGGGCACUUUAAAGUUGCAGAAAA